CUCACAGAUUCCGGUCUUUCAAUGGCUUUGGCUGCUCGGCCAAUUGUUUGCCGUCUUACGCCAAAUAAACCAGUGGUUCAAAGAGAUGAGCCGGCGGCUCUGCCGGUUCCCUCACUUCCGGUUCAGAAGGUACGGCUGACGGAUGCGGCCGCCGUAACAACGGAAUACGACGGGAAGAUCCUACUGCAGCCAAGGGUCUGUACGCUUAGAUCGUACGGAUCAGAUCCUUUUGGAGUGAUGAGGAUUCGGACCGCCGACGGCGACGACAAUGAGGUGUCUCAGUUUUUCGAGAAGCUUUCGGAGUACAUAGAGAGCUCGAAAAAGAGCCAAGACUUCGAAAUCAUCUCUGGUCGUCUAGCCAUGAUCGUGUUUGCAGGAACAGUGACGAUGGAAGUUGUUACUGGUAACUCGUUAUUCAGGAAGAUGGAUUUGCAAGGGAUUGCGGAGGCUGCAGGGGUGUGUUUGGGUGCCGUGGCUUGUGCUGCAGCUUUCGCUUGGUUUUCCAGUGCUCGUAACAGAGUGGGUCAAGGCUUCUCCAUCGGCUGCAAUACGUUUAUCGAUUCCCUUAUCGAUCAAGUCGUGGAUGGGUUGUUCUAUGAAACCGAUCUUAGCGACUGGACCGAUGAGAUUUGAAGAACCAAAAAUCGCAGGAAAAUGAAGGGAUUUGGUGUUUGAGUUAUCAUCAACUAUGUGUAAUUAAAGUGUACGGAAAUUUGUAUAGGUCGAUUAGACGGUUUACGUGAGUAGAACUCGGUAAGUUGAUAUACAUAGAUACGAAAUACAUGACCGAUAAAAUAAAAUUGAUAUAAUUACCAGAUUAUAAUUGUAUUAUGGGUUGUGUUUUCUUUUUGUAAAAAUACUGUUUGCUUUUAAUAAACCAAUUCUAUUAUUUUGUUU